AGGAAGGAAGGUGGUCCAUUGCUGUUGCUCACCACUCAGCCAGAUAUAUAUUAAAGUACACACAACCCUGGUCCUACUGUUGGUGAUCACCAUGGCUCCUAUUCCUCUCAAGCGUGUCGUAUCAGUAUCAUCAGAGGAUCCACUGAAUCCGGCCGCUAACUUGUUGAGCGUAAACAGCUCUACAGGAAAGAAAUGGUUGAGUGCCCACAACAACAAGUCUCGGAGGUCAGAGGUCGUACUGGAACUGGCAAAACGAUCCAAGAUCACCUCCAUAGAGAUAGGUAACUUUGGUUCAGCAUUUGUGGAGGUGUCGGUUAGUAACAGUGACGGAUCACCUGACGACUACACCACCCUCCUACCCUCCUCCAUGCUUAUGUCUAUAGUGGACUCUCGGAGUGGGCGUGGCAAGACGACCACCCUCAGAUGUGGACGAGAGAAAUUGUCUCGUAUGGCUAUGGACAAUAAAUGGAGCCUCGUCAAAAUUCAAACUUGUCAAAAAUAUAACAUUACAGAGCAAUUUGGAUUGCAGUUUGUAGCCUUUCAUAACGACACCCCCUCCACACAGACCCCCCUCAAGCACUCAAGUCACACACUCACCUCCACCCCCACACCACUCACACCCGUGACGCCCAGCUCACGACAUCGCCUACCCUCUCUACCGAAUUCAAGACAGUCCCUAUCUUCCGUUGAGCAUGCUCAAAAGUCUAAAGCUGGCACCCCAAAGAGACCACCACGAACAACAGGUGAUCAAGAAGAGGACUAUGAAUUCGCUGGAAUUGAGAGACAAUCACGAUUGUUUAAAAACUGUGUCCAAGGGAAGACGGCUAAAAAUGAAGAUCGACAAGAAAAGAACUCUAUUCUCAAUCGUAUCAGCUCAGAAAAAGAGAAAUAUUCGAACAAAUUGAGGUUUGACCCCACUUACCAACGGACACGGCUACUUAAAAAGGAUCUACCUAAAGCCGAAGUUAAAGUGGACUUUGCUGAGAGCUUCAAAGAGACAGAGGGAAAGAAGCUUCCUUAUGUGGGCGCCCUAUCAGCGUUUGAUGAUGAAUCAGAGAUUGGAGAUGAGAGUGAAGAGGACAAGUGGAAGUGGGGCAAGCGUGGCAAGAAACACCCUCGGUCAGUGGCCCCUCGGGGAUGGGUUAGCAAGAGGAGGAAGAUUGAUCGACUGAUAAAGGAGUGUGACUCUCUCGUCAGGGCAACACCCCCAAACCGGUUGACUGAUGAAAGCGUUCAAUUGGACACUGAGAAAAAGCUAGCCGGCACAGAAGAGGUGGACUCAGAUGCAACUGAAAGCUACCACGGCAGCGAUGUUGAGGAGUGUGUGGAAGCUGUGACAAGUGUGAGGGAUGUGACGAGUGUGAGGGAUGUGAUGAAUGUGAGGGAUGUGGAGUGCCCUGUGUGUGGUGUGAAGCUGCCGCAGUAUGCCAUUGAGGUGCAUGCCAGCACUUGUGGAGAUGAACAAACUUCAGUAGCUAGUGUCGGACCGAUAUGCAUUGACUGACAUUUGAGUGUGCAUGUGUGUAUGUCCAUUUAUGUUCAUCUUUUCAUUAUCUUGUCUAUAUAGUUGCUCUCAUCUGUCAACAUUCUACGUGAUCUAAUCCAAUAUGAAUCUAAUCCAA